UGGCAGACGACUGUCAUUUGGUUAAGAAACUUGUCGAAAAGGAAGCCUGCAAAGAUUUUUCAUGACAUUUUGCAAAUCGCUCAUCAUUUAAAUGAUUGUGUUAAUAUGGACCUUACCUGAAAGGUAAAUCAGAAACGAAAAUGGAGGAAGACGGUGCAGCGCAAGAGGAAUAUGCUCUUCAUGUGUUUCUUCUCAUGGGAAAGGAGUACAGAAUCUCAAGGAGUAUCAGAGCCCAGUGGUUCUUUGAACAGUUUAACAAAACUCUUUCUGAUCCCAAGUCACAUGAUGAACUGAUUGCUUCUAAUGAAGAACUAGAAGUUUUGUCAGUCAUUUCAAAUAAUCAAGACAAGCAUGGACCCUACAAACUUGUUCCUUCAACUCAAAUUACAUUUAUUGGCAGGCGAUACAGAUUUGUAUUUUGUUUUGACAUCAGCCCAUCUCUUGCUACUGUGGAUAUCCAGUCAGGGACUGUAAUAACUGAUGAAGCAUUUGAAAAAUUUAAAAACUGUCUGAAUGGCUUAGUUGCUCCAUUCUCUGUUCCUGGUAACACCAUUGUGUUACGUCCUGAGUUGUAUAUCACUGUCUUAGCAUAUACUUCCAACUUGGAUCCUGAAGUUCCUCAGAUUCUUAUCCAAGGCUGCCUUGUGACAGAAGAAAAUAUCAACUUUGUUCUGGAGUCAGUACACAGGCAGCUAAUGGAGCUGGAGGACUUCUUGGCUAAGACUACAUCUACACUGUACUGUGAUAUAUGCUCUAGUGAUGAGGAGAACAAAACUGAGAGCAACCAGAGUGGACUGGCGCAUGACUCUGUGACACUGAUGUCACCCGAGGCUGGACCAAUAUCAAUAUUAAGGAACACUCUCCUUGCAUUACAGCUGCUUCCAGGAAAUGCAAGUGCUGGAGCAGUUGUGAUCACAGAUGGUGUUUUUGCCCUUCCUGAUGCGAUUACAGUUGAUUCUCUCUUGGCACAGCUAAGAGCCAGUACUGUGUGUUGUUCUUUCAUUAAAGUUGGAAGUGGAUUUCAUGCCCACUGCAGCCUUGGUUAUGUGCCACAUUGUGAUAUGAUGCAGUUUAUCGCCAUGGCUAGCUCAGGUGCAUACCUUGCAAAGGCACCCCCAGUUUCAAAAGAUGGUAAAAGAGUGGAUGAAGAAGAGGAUUUCAGCAUGAACCUUUAUCACAAAGCUCUACUUUGCUGGAACUUUCAGAGAGAUUUUGACCUGAGCAAGAUUGACUCCUGGAUGGGUGACUGUUUGGAGUUGAGUGAGGAAGACUUGGCGUGGGCAUUGCAAGGCAAAAAAUCAAUAUCUUAUGCACUGAGUGAGUGGGAGAAAAAUGCCAUGCAACGAUCAAUGCGAAUAAGACAUCUGGAGACAAAGUUAUAUACUAGCAUCACAAGUGUUCUCAGUGUGCGUCUCAGAGAAGGGUAUUUAAUUCAGGACGUUUCCAUAGCAAAAGGUGGAAAGCAGCUUCAAGUCAAGCUAACAAUUCCUUGGAAGCAUAAUGUCCAGAUUGAGUAUUUAGCUCUCUCAGUUUGGCCCCUAUCCACUAGCAGUUGUGUGACACAUGUAGAAGUGACAAUAGAAGCACCUUAUGAUUUUCUUCAUGAUGUGAUGCAUUCUACAAAGCCCUUUCCAAGUCCUUACAGAACACUUGUUGUCAAAAGAUUCAGGCAAUCCAUGAAAAGUUUAAAGAGCACAGAUAAGAUGCUUGUUCAUCUCCAGUCCUUUUCAUCCAAUUCCAUUUAUUACACCAUACCAGAGAGUGCAAAAAAGGGAGUUCCACUAUUCUACCUACCACCAAGCUCUAACAACCCUGUUUUGUCCCUACAACUUGAAAGAGAGAAUUCCAAAUCACAAGAGUCCCAAUUUGCUGUCUUCUGGAAGCCAGUGUUAUCUCUUGAUACGACUGGAUGGCAAAAAUGGAUGCAUAGUCACAGAAUUGGACUUGUACUGGAACAUGAUGUCCCUUUGCCAAAGAAUCUUCAUCUUCCGAAGGAAAAUGACAGAUCCAGUGCAAUCCAAUGUCGGGUGGCACUGAGUUCGCUUAACUCUCUUCUCAGAAAAUGGAGCUCGUUUGUGUUAUUGGAAAACCUCUCUUAUAUCAAGUUUAUUGCCAGCGAGAAUCCUGACGGAGCCCCUUCUUCUUUCUGUAUCGUGCGAGUAACAGCAAGAGGACCGUGUAUUGUCAUCAAGGUAGCUUUCCUUGGAGGAACUGCAGGUCACAUAAGACAUCAGAUUGUAUCAGACCUAAAGAUAAAACUCGCUGAUAUCACAGCUCCACUAGGUGUGAUUAACAAACCUCAAAAAGCCCAAGCCAAGGGUAAAAGUCUUCAACGCGACGUGCAGUUAUCGAAACAGCGGACUGUAGUUGAAAAGCCGUGCGCGAUUAUGUAUGAGAAAUCUCUGGAUGGGAUCUUGAUUCGGUACGAUCGAGUUCCAGAGGACCUCUUUUCGGCAUACCCAGAAAGGCCCAGUUAUUCUAUGUACUCAAGUUUGACGGGAAAUUAUGCGUACAAAACCAAUGAUAAUCACAUGAAGGUCCUAUGUCAGUAUCUGCAUCACCAUCGUUGGAUUUGGACGAUGCAAGAUGAACGAUCACCAGCUUUAAGUGCUGAGAAAGUUGCAAGAGUGCUCUCCACUCUAACAAAGCUACGACUGCAAGAGGGAUACAACUUUGUGAACAACAGUGCAGGGAUUAUCACCAUGGCAAAAGAACUCAAGAUGAAGGAUCACACACAAGACAGUGACCAACCGUAUUCCUGUGUCAUUCAAUAUGUGCUGUUCCCUCCAUAUCUUCAGUCAUGUGAGCCAGAACGGUCUGAAGAGUCCGUUCUUGACUGGGCGUCCCUAGGAAAGGCUGGACGCAAGUUUAACAUGGUCACAGAGGUGUGGGCUGAACCACAGUUUGGCUGCUUGACUGAUUUGAAAACGGAGCUGAAGUAUCUGGAAGGACUUCAAUACGAUCAAGUUCCAGAUGCAAUUUAUCAAGCUGAUGUAAAGCACGUGUCGGCUCUGCUCACUUACGAUCAUCUGUUGAGUAUGUGCGAUGACAAGACUGUUACCACCCCCCACAGACCUUGUAAAGCGCCGCAUGAGAACUCUUUACUGUUCAAAAGUAAUUGGAUAGUAGAGCAGUCGCCGUUUCCAUUUGACAUCAUUGAUUUGUUGUCCAAAACUCGACAAGUGGAGAUGGUUUUUUCUUCCCUGAUCGAGACCUCCUCUCCAGCCUCAGAUGACCUCGACGAUUUGCCAAACGAAAAUCUUUUCAAGCUUUUAAUAGAGAACAUGGAGCGUUUGAACGAUCGUGAAGUCGUACUAAGUGACGAUGACUGGAAUCGGUUCACACAGCACAUCCUCAUUCGGCCGAGGAAUGGCGUGCCUCUUCCAUUUCCUGAGGAACUGUGUCAACGGAAAGAUUCUAGCGAUUCCACACAGAAUGACAAAGAGAAAAAGUCCAAAAACAGAAGCACUUCUUCAAUGAAAUGGAAAUGUUUCAUUCGUGCAGUGACUGCUUUUGGCGGCGGUCGCCUCAUUCUCACAUUUCUACCAGCAAGCUUUAAGUAUGUUAGGCUCAUAGGAAGACACCGGCGGAGCAAGAGCCCUAGUGUUGGGAGCAGCCCAAGAAGCCCGCACGGCACGUCAGAAGUGGAGCCUGAAGGAGCCACCGAUGAAAUAAGUCCUCACGGCGCAUUUGGACUGCAGAAACUAGAUAAUUUACUCGUAUCACAAGGCUCUCUUGAAGACCAAAGCCUGACACCUACACCGACCGCAGAGAAAGACGAAAGUCCAUUUUUCUACUCUCAGAAAACAAGCAAUUCACUCGUCUCUAAUGAAGAGUCAAAACUGUCAAUCAACAGUGCUGAUGAAAAGAAAAGCGUAACAUUUCAAGAAAACUCCACACCUAUCAAAGAGCGCAAAGAGCUUGUCUUUCACGACAGAGGCUUUGGUAAAGAUAGUGACUCUUUUAGUUGGGACAUCCCGAUAUAUUGUUAUGACUGCCCGAUGUCAGCCCUCGUAACAAUACCUGCUGCCGAGUCCGAUACAGAGGGGACGUCAGAGGAGAAGCGCGAAGAUAUAUUUCAAGAUUUUACGCAGUUUGCUGCUCAUGUAUUUGUGGAUCCAUUCAGUUUAGACGAGGUUCCGAGAUCCUUAGAGGGGCGAACGAAAGGAAGGUUUGGCCCCUCGAAAGACCUUCUGCUUCACUGCAGUGCGGUACAUGAUUUGUUUUUCCGAAGUUUUGUGACGUCAACGUUUUCAAGUUUGCAACACGGUCAGCAGGUGAGCAUGCUAGAUGUCCAUUCAGCAGUUGAAGCCUGCGAAGAGAACUUCCUUGAAGUAGACAUCACAGAGUUUAUCCAUACUCUUUGUGGACACUAUAUCAAGAGCAACAAGUCCAAGGAGGCUUUUUUUGAGACAACAAUCAAUGAGGAUCUUCUGUCUGUCCCAAUUUGGUUACCGUCAGAAUCAUCCGAAAAAAGAGUGAGGGAUCUCAAGGAAUCUCUGGUUGGACAGUGUGAAUCUGUAGAUGGUCUGCAUAAGUCGAUCACUGCAAAGUUUUUUUCAAUAAUGGGAAGAUACUUCAAAGCAGUUCCUCCAAGCCGAGAAUACUUCUUCUACUGUCCACAGCAGUCUGAGGGCCCGAGAAAGUCUGCUCUUGAGUCGUUCUCCGACUUCGAAGCAGACCAAGCUGCCGAGGACGAUGCUAUGGACAGAGACAGCGACGUGGACUCGGAUGCCUCUGAUGAUGCUGACAUCUUUUUGGACGAUGGAACAGUUCAACAGGAUGAGAUACAGGAUAUGUCUGACUCUGAAAGUCAAGCGAGUGAUAUCGAAUUUGAGGGAGAUGCUGAUGUUGGACAGGAGGUGAAGUCACCGCUCUUCCUACAGCUGACAUGUUCACUGAAAGAUACGAGAAGUCAUGGACAGCCAAUGACGCCUGUUUCUAUUGACACAUUACCUGUGUGUCUCGGAGAAAUUAUCCGCAAGUUUGAAGAUGAUGAUGAAUGUCUGGAUCCCUUCAGUCCAUCCGUACGCAUCACUCUCGAUCUUAUCUGUCUGACCCUACCAGCUGAACAUGAUUACUCUGUUCUUAAGUCUUCGGCGCGUCGUAGCUUUGCACGCUCUAAUUCCUUCUCCAGUACCAGUUCGCCCAUUUCUGCUUCUCCUUCGGAUAAAAGAUCAGGACUUUUUGACUUCAGACGGCAAGAUUCUAAAGCCACUUCUCAUGAUAUGGAGAGAAUUGAAAGCUUGGAUCCUCUUCAUGGUCUCAUAAAUUCUCAGCGUCAGGCAGUGAACAACACAUGUGAGGCCAUUCGUUGGCUUUUGCAGGAUGAAAUAGUCUCAGAACUCCGCCAUAUUGGACCAGUCGAUAACUCGAUGCUGGAACAGGUCGAGCAACAUGUUCAGCAAUCUGAAGACCAUCCCUCCUGCAUUUCCCGCCGUGUUCACCUGCAAUUUGUCUAUGGGGCUGAACAAAGCUUAGAAGUCUUCGUAAAAGAAUUUGAGAGAAUCAGCUUGCCAGAAUACGUCCUGAAAAACGUGGACAAAUACUACUACUUGACAAGCUUUUCGGAGAAACAGAUUGCAGCUUUGUCGCCGUUGACUCAAGGAGAGAAUGGAGGUUAUUUGGAUAAACAGCAGGAAGAAGAGGCGACAACACCAAAUCCUGACACGGAUGGUGAAAAUUACGACCAAAAAUCUUUACCACGUCUUGAGGUCCAAGCCACUCCUGAAUCCCAUACUUCAGCUAAUGAUCGUCUGUCAACGGUUUACAUUGAAAAACAGGCAACAACCACUCAGCAUGAAGAAAGCACGGAAGAUAAUCUCAGGGAGAACGGAAUGAUUACCCCUCCCUCCAGACCACCGCAUCUUGGCCAGCUAGGCAAGCAGCGCUCCGAAGAAGAGGAAGAACCAGGAAACACUGCUGCAUCUACCCCACUCAGGAAUGAUGCUUCAUUUGCUUCUUCCGCUGGUAGCACGCCUAUAGGGAAGCUGAUCAUACCAGGUGAAGAUGUUGGUGCGGCUGACUCAAGUAACGCAGAGGCAGAAGAGGACGAGAGCUGCCCGCCCGGUCCUUGUACGCCACGCCAUGAUGAACUGAGUGUUUCAUCAUCGGAAUCGUGCUUGAAAUUCUGGCUUGUCAUGAAAAUACUGGACAGUGAAGUGAAUAUCGUCUUUCAUCAAAGGGAGUCACAUGAUCCGAAGUCUUUUUGUGCAACGAGAGCCAAUGGUCUGGUUGAGAUGGUCAUAAAUGCUUUACAUGAAAAAUGCCGCAUCGUCAAUCAGCGAAUGUUGCUACAUGAACUAUUUGAGACCAAGCUGUGCAAUUCAAUGUUAUUCCCUGAGUCAGACGAGGACAUUUGGAAACAUGAAGAUAUGCAAAUCUCAGUUUCCCCCCUAGGUGUUCACAUGACCAAAGGAGACAGUAAAGGUCGUGUCUCCAGUAAGUUUGUUCCAGUCCAGUUUCUUUUCCAACCUGGACACUUUGGCUGCGACAGUAAGUGGUACACCCAUUUACCUGUGCAUCAGCGACUUUUGGAAACCUCGGGUCGAACAGGGGUAUCCCGUGGGCUGAAGGUCAUUAAGAGUGCAUUGGAAACGUUUGACGUGAGGAAUAGGAAAGACAUGUUUGUGUACAAAGAUAGCGCUGGUUCUAUCUUCUACUUCAGGUUGUUUGAGUCUCUAUGUUCGUCAAAUCAAUUUCGUUCUGACCUUUGUAGUUCAGGAGAUGAUGAUGACGAUUAUCUUUCUAUGGUAUCGGUGACAUCACUGGCUGGUUCAAGAACGUCAUCACAGUUGUCCCUGUUGUCAUUCGUAUACAGAGGGCCAGGAGAUGUAGAUGAAGACGUCGCUGAAGCGAAGUCAAAGAAGCUUCCAACGGCCCAAGAGCAAGACACAACCAGUAUUCAUUCAGCUCAGCCCAUCAUAGACAAAAGCAUUGCACUUCAUGUAUACGGCGUGGACGAUCCAGGUCCGGAGAUCACUGUAGAACUUGUUGACCUUUUGCAGAACAGAAUUAAUGAUGCUAUGCUCGAGGUUUUGUCAGUUCUACUUGCCAGAAAUCCAAACUGUAAACUGACUUAUGCUGAUGUCCGGUUUAUACAGCCUCAAAAUAAACCACCAAAAACAACCCUCACUUUCCUAAUCCCAAAAAUGGACGUCAAUUUCCUCUGUCCGUUGGUAUUCUAUUUGCGACAAAACCUUUUGCAGCUCCUACACUUUCCAAGAUACAUGGACUCGGAUCCUAGCCAUCAUUUCAAGGCCCUAAGCGGAAGUAAGCUGGACGCUACUGGAAGUGCUAGUGGCGAAAGCCGUAAAUUGGAGCCAGAGAUUUACUUGUACAACAGGCCGCAUUCAUCUGGAGGAAAAGGUGUGGCCUGUAUAUCUGUGUCCGUUCUCAACUGGCGUGGUGGAUAUAUUUACAUUCCAUGUGGAAAGAGAGUUUGUGUGUAUGCUGGGGAGAUCGACUUAUUCGAAUACUUAACUGAGGUGUCCUUAUGUCCAGACGAGCUUCACCUAGCCGAUGAUGAUAUCAAGGUGCAAUUUGCAAUUUGGGAACGUGGUGAUAUCGGCCUUGACCAGCUCUCUGAACAGCUGAAGCUCACUUUAAGGCAUGCUCUUUGCGACCUGCUAACAGAGUACUACCUUUUGGCUGCGCCUUUAUCCAAAGUGCCAAAGUUGUACCGGAAUUCGUCGAAUACACGUCUUCGGUCUUCCUCGGCGCCUACCUCCCCCUUACCCAUACCACCCAAGGUGCCUACUCAUUUAGAGUCCCCUCCUGAGAAACCUGCCACGCCUUCCAAACGGCAACUGGAUUUUGGCAGCCAGUCCAGCUUUCGAAACAAGAGGCCCUCAGUUUCGGGUCAUCGCCAAACUCCAUCUGAUGGGAGCACUCCGUCUUCUGGUUCCACAGGGGCAACAAGGAGGUCCCCGCAGAAUCCGUUUCUCUCCCAGCGGCAGAGUGUUUCUUCUUCUAAUGCUGUUUCAAGGCAGAGCACAGUAGAGGAUGAGGUUUUCCAGUCGAACUCAACCUCACCUGCUGCAGACGUUAUAGAAGUAUCAGCCAAGGAAAACAAGGCAAAUAGCCAUGGCGUUACCGAGUCAACAGAUGAUUUACCUGCAGAAGAGGUUGCAGGAAGAGGUCAAGCAACAUUGGAGGGCAAGGACAAACUAGGGAUGAAAAACGCGCCGGAAAAAUCAGACAACUCGUCUGAUAUAGAACCAACAUUUGAAAGUUUCACCGCAGCUGAAAUCCAAGAGUCUCAAGAAUUUACUUCGCAACCCGGUACCCCAGUCACAGAAAAUGUAGCGUUUCUCUCAAAAAAGGAGGAGCAGCUCUCUGAGAAACUUAAUAAACCAUCAAGCCUUUCCUCUGCGAGUUCCAUCAGUGGCUCCAAGAGCUUAAACUUCAGCGGGAUGGAGUCAUCAAGUGUAGGAGGACAAUUGAGUGAUGUCCAAGGCACCUGGCAGGAUGUUGAGGCCGUGAGAAGGAAAGAAAGAGAAAAGAAGAAAAGGCGAAUUCAGUAUGAGAAUGGAGAACGCGGUGAACUUCAUCCAAGUCUCCAGGGCCUUUGUCAAGACAUGUUCUUUUUCUUUCGUGAGCUUGAAGUCCCAUCAGUGUACUGUAUUGAAGGAAAAUUGCUGAACAACUUUGCUUCCGACGCCUUUCUAGCUGAACUGUGCAACUUAAUAUCGUCUGUGUGUCCUGAUAUGAAACCUAGAGUCUACCGUGAAGCUCCUGUAGAUUCUGCUGAUGGCAACGAAGCCGAUCAUUGUCAAGAAUUUCGCUACCUGCACUAUUAUCCAGCCAGACAGCCUUUGAAGGUGCAAGACAUGGAAGAGUCCACCACAGACAAAUCAGGAAAGCCGUUCACAACUCUUCCAAAUUCGUCACAGGUCUUUGUCGUCGUUGGUCGAAAUGUGGACCAAUGGCGAGCUAGUCUGGGACUUGAAGAAGAUUUAUCUCAAGAUGACGCCUUGGGCCGUCCGCGAAUUCGCACAGGUCUUCAGCGUUUUAAGCCACUGGACCCAAAUGCACUCGUUCCCGGCCGAAAUCUCGCUGAAAGCGUAUCUCUUUCUAGCUUGUUUUUGGGUGGGGUCCCUCGACAGAAAUUCCUAUUGGUAACGGUCAAGGAUAAAGAGGUGACAGCCUAUACGUAUAACUGGGCUUCAGAUAUAAAUACUACCUUCGACAAACAACUGCACCGGCUGAUAAACUGGAGUAAUGUUCGUUGCCACCUUACCUAUUGUCUUCUUAGUCAAAAAAUGGGACUUUACCAUCACACAUUAUUUACAGACAUCAACAAGGGCAAGGAAUCGAAGGACAUGAAUCCUUUCUGUUUAUCAGCCAAUGAUAAGGACAUGUCACUCCUGAUAAGUCAUCCAGGGCCACCUGCGCCUGAUCGUGCUGUGCCGAGAUCAAUGCCGCCGUCUCCGAGUAUUCUGGUCUUUGAUAAAGUUCUACGUGAUGUCACGCCUCCCAGACCUCUUUACCGCACCCCUUACUCCCACAACCGAGAUCUUGUGAAAAGGCAUGGGUACCAGUUUCAGGAGAUUCGGUCAGUCCAGAUCAAAAAGGCGAUUUUGGAGAAGAAUUUAGACGAGCUGUAUGUCAUGUGGCAGCGUAGGCCUCCUCAUGUUCAGAUCAGUGAGGAUAAAAUCGAAACACUCAAGCGCUCUUCCAGGUUAAUCCACUAUUGUGCAGCUCCUCUCUUGUUCCACCCAGACUGGAGAAAGCUGCGUUCUUCUUACGCCCCUGAGAAUAGCACCGUGACCCCAGAGGAAACAUCCAGCGAAGAUAAAAAACAGGAAACUAAGGAAAGAAAAACAAGUAAAGCACAGAAAACGAUUGACGAAACAAAGAAGGAAGAAACAGCGGAAGCUGAAAAGAAACCACGCACUGAAGAAGCCUGGCACAAAGAGUUACGGUCUGCUUAUUUGCAGCAAUACGUGCAGUACAUGCAGUCUCUGCAAUUUAUUGUGGUGCAAAGCAGGCCGCAAUCACCAAAGCAGUCCAGGAGGCAUCUUGGUCGCGGAGCUGUUAACACUAAACCGAAAAGAGAAAGUAGCCCAGCCGACGUUAAGAAGCAAUCCUCAACUAAAGACAGGAAAGACAGUUCACCAAAAACUCUGCAGCGUUACCUACAGAAAACUUCUCCUGGAGGAAUAAUGCUGAUGGAAUUAGUGUUUCAGGGCUGCUUCUUUAUCGUUCGACUUUAUGCGUUGGGAUGUUCUCAGAUUCCUUCAGGAAAAUCAGCUUCUGUGCAGAUCUGUCGUAUGUUUGUGGAAGACUGCAAUCGUUACAGAGAAUAUAUUCAUCUUCUCUCGUUCAACUAUGACUUUCACUUGUGCAAAGCACAAUUUUACUUGAAUGGAAGCCAGAUAAUUUUUAACAAAGGCUAUGGAGUCACACACAUGCUAAAGGGAUUGUUGCAAGAGUACGUGAACAGCCCUGUGUUCGCAAGGAACCGCCUUGGUUAUGGUGAAAUUUCAGUGCCGUUGCACCCAGGAAUCACACCCCAAAUUGUGUUUAACUACCUGGUGAAAAAGGCUUCGUUUUACGAGUUUCACACGCUACCUGAGCAAUCAACGAAUGCCUCAAGCUCCGAAACCAACCGAGUUCUUACGCACAUUCUCCGAGAGUAUGGGGAUUAUGACGUUAGCUUCGUUUUGUCGCUGAAGGAGACGAAAGAAGAAGGCGUGGUCACCAUGGAAUACAUUGUCUUAAUGACGAGUCGCAGAGAGCUUUUUCCGAAGUUGACUUUGGAUUUAAGACUUUCAAAGAAGUCACCAUCGUCAGGUUCGCUUUCAACCAUGAGCAGUGCAAAUAGAACCGUGGAUUUGCCAGAGAACGGAGAGACAGAGCAAGAAAUAGCAUCACGUGUACGAUUCAAUCUACCCAUGGGGAGUUCCCAAGGAAUCCCAAACCUCCCCUCCCCUGGUGAGUUCCACAGGUCAGCCUCCUCACCCCACUCCCUGUACGCAUUGGGUCACGAGGGUGGGUCGCAGAUCUUCAACGUACCUUCGUCGCGCUCGGACGAAAAGAUUGGUGACCACCACCGGGAUGUGCUUCCGCCGUUUGCGCCAAUUCCAGAGCAUUAUGAAGAAGAGUUACCCGAGAAUGUUGCCCUGCGCGAAUCCAAGCUCCUUAAGGAAGCUUCCCUGCGUGGCCGUGACCAUUUGGUGCAUAUAAUCUGUCGGGCCCUGACCCACUGCAACCGAGACUUGUUAUGGCAUCGUUUGCUGGUUGGAGAGACUGAGGAUGAAGAGAGAGACGGAGGGAAAAAGAGCAGGCGUAAGAGCGUCAUGCGAAAAUCCAGCUCAGAAACGAGUCUUAAACAGAGCUGGGCAAAGACUCUUGACUCGCUUAACCCCGGAGCAGAUCAGGUGUCACCGUCGCGCUUGACCUUUGAAGAUUUUCAACAACUUCUAUCUGUGGUUGGAGUCAAAUCUUUGAGAGAAGAAGAUCCACAACUUAUUUCACUCUUGUCGAUGAGAGCAACGUGGUUUCUAAGCCUUUUCCCAGUUAUUCGUGCAAAAUUUCCAGAGGAGCAUCGUUUAUUCACGGACGAGAACAGUUCAGUUCACUGCCUGGCUGUUUUGAAUCGUGAUUGUCCGGAUAUGUUUGUUCUGUUGUAUGUGGAUAAAAACAAUGAUAGUGCUGAUAUUUAUGUUGUCUUCCGCGAGGAUUUGUCAGAUGAUAAGGAGAUCUCAUACAGAUCACGUUUGCUCAGAAAGGAAGUCAGAAGUCACGUGUACGGUGUGAUAAACGCUAUGUGCUUCCACAUGUGGACAGGCUUACUUCCGGUGUGACAAUGGUGCAAGUGACCAGACGUUCUGUAACAAUUGCGAAGAUGACAGCAAUGGUGGUGCACAUUUUAGCAGUCAUGUAAUUUUCACUUUAUUUUUUGUAUGGUUUUGGUCUGUCAAUGGAUAGUCAACGAAAAGAUGCUCGCUUGUAAAUUAUGUUUAAUUUAUUUUUUGAAGUCUUCACUUGCGAGUUCAUGUCGCUCAAAGAGAUGCCUCAAUAGCUUUUCAGUCCAUCACAAUUACGAAAAGGAGGUCUUAAUGCGUCUAGUAGAUCAGUAAUGCUGGUGACUGUAUGGAGAGACACAAAAGGGGAGGACGAAAGGUUGUUUUUCUUUUUGUAUGUUCUUGGCUCUGGUAUGACGUAGAAGAGACCCCUGCCUUCCCCUCCCACCCCGCCCCCCCCCCCCCCCUCUUCUUGUUAAAUUAUUGUUUACCCCUUAGGAGUAAUUUGUAAUGGUCUUCUUCAAACCACAAAGGUGAAAAUUUAAAAGAUAGUAUCAAUUAUCAAACUUAAUUUUAUAAAAUAAAAUUAGAGUUACAUUAUGAGGGAAGAAAUAAAUUUCAGACAUUAUGCCACCCAUAACAUCUUUUCACUUUCCAAUUUAAGGUUACUUUAUCUGGAAUUAAACAUAUUAAAGAGAUAGCCCACACACGCCUGCGCUAGGUUUUAUUUCAAUAUGUUGUUAAAUUGUAGAUUCCCAUUUAAUGUGUAGGAAUAAUGAUAAAUUAUGGGUGCAGUAAUUUUGUAAAUGAAGUG